UGUCAGCAAUGGAACCAGAUAUCUACACACUGGAAUGUAGACCACACAUAUUAGGAGCUGCCAUUUAAACCUUCAAAAUAUAGAAAACGAAAAGAACUUCAUACAUGAUUUUAAGGAUGUUUGCCCCAGAUGUGUCUUCCUCAGCUUUGAAUUACACACUUUUCUUGGGAAUAACUUGUUUGACAGUCUUCAGCAACUUUACCAAAAGUUCUUCUGACUUCUCAGGUUACCUGUCCAAAGUGUUGAGGAAUUACACAGGGCAUGCUUGUGAUGGGGAGUACAUAUCUGUGCGGUGCCCUCACCGGACUACCAUCAGCAUCCAGGCUUCCUUUUAUGGCAGGAUGCCAAGCCAUCAAAUGGGCCCGCCCCGCUACCCACAUUCCAACACCAAGCUAUUCAAGGAAGACCCAUCCUGUUCAACUGUUAACUCACUUCAGAAAAUGCAGGAUGAUUGCCAGGACAGACGAAGCUGCCAGCUUCUUGUCAACAGCAGGCUCUUUGGGGUGGACCCCUGCCCCAGCACCAGCAAAUGUCUCACUGCGUGGUACAAAUGCAGACCAAAUGAAUACAAGAAUAAAAUUGUAUGUGAAGAUGACAAGUUGAAGCUGAACUGCAAACAAAGCACGGUGAUAGCGAUCUACUCUGCCAUCUUUGGAAGGUCACUGGAGGGGAGCUUGGAGUGUCCUUAUCAGAACACAGGGGUUUCAGCUAUAGAAUGCCAGUCAGGCACUGCCCUGCACAUCGUGAUGAGCCUGUGCCAUGGGAAGAGACGCUGCAGUGGGUAUGCUAGCUCUCAUGCAUUUGGGGACCCGUGUUACCCUGGCGUUCGCAAGUACCUCAGUGUCAUUUACACCUGUGUACCACAGAAAGUGUUGGAAGAAGCCAAACCCAAGCUGACAAAGUACCAGAGUCUGAGCCACCCUCAGUCGCCCAGAUCAUAUGACCCAAAUAUUAUAGGAGAUGGGGUGCUUCCUGAUGUGCCAACGAUUAUAACAACAGACACAGUGGCAGAGGAAAAGAAGAUAGGAAGGGUAUCUGGGUUCUACCCCAUGGAAGAGAAGUCCUCGCUGGUCCCUUUGGAUGAAAACCUUAGACGGAUGUUAAACAGCAUGGAGUCGAAGCCUGUCACCACAGAGAUGGCAUUGCUAAGCACCAUCCUUGCUGCCUAUUCUUUCAUCUUGGAAAACCCUGAGCGAGCAGCCUUGUUCUUUGUGUCUGGCGUCUGCAUUGGCCUCAUCUUGAUGCUGUGCGCUGUGGUGGUACAGAUCUCCUGCAGGACAGACUGCAAAGCCACCCCUGCCAAGAAGCCUCAGAAGAACGAAGUCAGUGACAGCGACAGCAGCGACAGCGACAGCGACUGGGACACCACCUCGGAUCUGUCUGCACGGCGCCACCGACGCUUCGAGAGGACUUUGAACAUGAACGUUUUUACUUCAGCAGAGGAGCUGGAGCGAGCGCAGAGGCUUGAGGAGCGAGAACGGAUAAUCCGGGAGAUCUGGAUGAACGGACAGCCGGAAAUCCCGGGCACCCGCAGUUUGAACCGUUAUUACUAGUGAUGGGAUUAGUGUUACUCUUACAGUGGACCUGCUGCUUUGGACUUGGGAGUAAUAGCAGUUUGCCAGGCCUUAACAACUUUUUAGGGCAUUAAAUGGUGGAAGCUAACUUGGAAGCUCCCAUCCACUCAGUGAGAAUAAGCUUUUCAGGAGUGAAGCUGGAGAUUGAUAAUCACUCUUUAUUUAAUAGACAUUCUACAUGAGAACCAACAGCUACUCACAGCACUGACCGUGUCACCUCUGUUUAUUAACAAAGUCUGGGAGGUCUUAGGAAUUCCAGCCAUAAUUAUAAAACAAGUGAAAGAUGAAAAUGGCAACAGCUACAGCUAUAGUACAAGGACUUUCUGGCUUGGAGAGCAUGGUGUUGUGUUGAAUUGCCACAAUGAAAGUGGAAGAUUUUUGCUCGUAGUGCACAGAUCUCUUUGAACCAAUGCCCAUGGCAUGGUGUAAAAAAAGGAUGUUUCAUGGAAGUGGAAAACAAAGACAUGGAGACCCCCCACAUCCUAACAGACAGACAUUUGGAACACUAUAAUCCAAACAUGUUGUAAAAUCACUUCAACACUUAGACAUUAUGAAAUAGAUUUUAUUAUUUAAUAGAUUUGUUGUUUUUUUGUCAUGGAAUCCUGCUAUACAGUGGCAAAGCUUUGACUGACACCUCAGGGAUGAAAUCCUACUAUUUUACUUUUAUACUUUGCUUUGUAUUUCUAUGAAGAUUAAUGACUACAUUUCUUGAGAUGUGUCAGAAAGUUUUUCUUAAAAAAAAACCCAGUUAAAAACCUCAAAGAGGUUUAUUUUGGUGCUUUUAAGAAAAUGCAUAAUGAUGUGCCUUUACCUGCUAGUUAGCUAUAGUUUUAUAUGGACAUUAAAGCCCAGGUAUUUUAUUCGCAGUGAAAUCCUGAUAAGGGUUGAAUCAUGAUUGUGUGAAGUCAGGGCAUACAAAGUAGGACACUAAAGCAGUUUGUAAAAGGAAUACAUGAUUAAUGGCUAGUUUCACAGACCCCUGUUAACACUAGUCUUGGACUGCCUUACCUAUGGUACCAUUAUGUAGUCCAGGGUUAGUGCGAAUCAAGGUAUGUGAAACCAACCAUACAUGUUUUUACAACCUUGGGUUGUGUUCACCUUCUGGGGGGAAAAAAAAAAAAAACCCUGUGUAGCUGUUUACUGCUUUACUUUUGCUGAAAAAAAGUCCUGUUGUAUUCAACCACACAAUAUAUAUUUUGAAUUGCAAUGGUACCUUUUAUAACCCCAAGGAGCUGAACAGUAGACAGAUUGAAAAUAAAAUGAUGCUGCUUUCGUUACCUUUACCUUCAUGAACAACAUCACUCUUUAUUUUUAUAUGGUAUAGUCUUAUAUUUUUUAAGUAUUCCUCCAUUUCACUCGUACAAAUGGAAACAUUCCCUUAUGGAACUGUGUUGCCUUCAAAAGUCUAGGUGAUAACGGAAAUGUGUAAUUCACGUUUCACGCGAUGCCCGAUAUAUAUGCAGCUUUGUCAUUUUCUCCAGAAGGUUACAUUGUAUUUAUGUACAUAUAAUUUGUCAGUUUGAAUUGGUACAAAUAAAAUAUAUUUCUCUUACUGCUAUGGAGUGACCAU